AUGCCAUUUUUACCAUCACCAUUUGGAGAGACUUCUGGUAUAUACUUGGAAGAGAGACCACAGGGACAUACCCUAGAGGAUGUACAAACCAUUGAAGAUGUAGAGCCAAUGGAUGAGGAUGGAACCACUCCCUAUGGAGGCACAGCUCUCGAUCAAGACGAAGAGGAUCAAUCAACUCUCCAUUCUGCAACUCUUCCAAGCCAAAUUUCGGAUGAGCAUACAGUGACUCUCUUGACAUGCCUAAAGAAUUUGGACGCAGGAGAUGGUGUAGACUUGACGGACUUGUACAUUGCCUUUAAAAAGCACGCUCAGAUUUCAAUGAACGACUUCAAGGCACUUUUACAAGGACUUCACAAUUCUGAAAAUGCACCCAUUGUAUAUUCAGAGGAUGACAAUCGUAUUUAUAGCUGCUAG